AUGCUUCGAUACCCAUAUUUUUAUAGACUCUAUAAAGAACUUUUUCCAUGCUGGUUGGAAUGUGGAAAGCUUGAUUUAAGUACUUGGCAAAAAAAUAUACAUGGUGCAGUAGAGAGAUUGAAUGAAUGUAAAGCCCAGGAGCAAACAUGCAAAACUGGAGCUCAGGAGUCACCCCUAAAUCAAGACGGAGAGUCAGAAGCUGCAACCCAGUUACAUAUUCCAGUUAUGGUCGAUGAAGUGGUUCGUUGUUUGGCCCCACAAAAAGGGCAGAUUUUUCUAGAUAUGACAUUUGGUUCAGGAGGACACACAAAAGCCAUUCUGUGCAAGGAGCCAGAUAUUAUUCUCUAUGCCCUCGACAGAGACCCAACAGCUUAUGCAAUAGCUAAAAAACUCUCAGCAUUAUAUCCUAAACAGAUCCAGCCUCUGUUAGGCCAGUUCAGCCAGGCAGAAGACUUACUAAUGAACGCUGGAGUACAGCCAGGGACUUUAGAUGGAGUUCUUUUGGAUCUUGGAUGUUCUUCCAUGCAACUUGAUGCUCCCGAAAGAGGUUUUUCACUUCGAAAGGAUGGACCUUUGGACAUGAGAAUGGAUGGUGACAGGUACCCUGACAUGCCCACCGCUGCUGAUGUUGUGAACGCUUUAGAUCACCAGGCACUUGCAUCCAUCCUGAGAACAUACGGGGAGGAGAAGCACGCCAAGAAAAUCGCUUCAGCAAUCGUUCAGGCACGCAGCAUCUACCCUAUCAUCCGAACCCAGCAGCUUGCCAGCAUCGUUGCAGGUGCAUUUUCUACCUCUGCUACUUAUGCACGAAAAGACUUGCUCCAGAGACCUUCUCACAUUGCUACCAAGACUUUCCAAGCUUGUCGCAUAUUUGUCAACAAUGAACUCAAUCAACUGUACACAGGACUGAAGACGGCUCAGAAGUUUUUGAGACCCGGUGGCCGUCUUGUUGCCAUUUCCUUCCAUUCACUAGAAGAUCGCAUUGUCAAACGAUUCUUGCUCGGGAUAAGCAUGACAGAAAAGUUUAACCAAAGUGUUAGACACAAAGUGUUACAAAUACCACAGUUGAGUUCAGGUCAAGAAAACAAGGCAGAAGCCUCUGUAAGGGCUUCUGUAAUGUGGAAAUUAAUCCACAAGAAGGUGGUUACUCCAGACGCUGGGGACGUAGAAGACAACCCCAGAGGGCGUUCAGCCAAACUCAGAGCAGCUAUCAAAUUAUGA